GAAAUCUGUGAAAAAAGGAAAAGAAUAUUCAUUUAUUUUUUAAACAUGACACCCACAACCAGGGCAAGGAAAUAUGGGCUACUUGCAUUUACUUAAAUAUGCCAGGAUAAAUUGCUUUAUGAGCUCAUAAUUGCGCACCUUUAAUCCCUCAUCAUCAGCAGAUUCAAAAUUGGUUUUCUUUUCUGGGCAGCUGUUAAAUUGUCUGAAAUAGACUUAAGUGAAAGAAGGCGAAGUCACAGCCUUCCCUGACGAGGAGGAGGAUUACAGGAAAGUCUCUGAGCCACAACUUAUCACACAUCGUCCAGCCCCCGGACGCACUCCAGUCUCUGCUGAGCGCAUCGCGGUUCACAAAAUGGAAAAUAAAAUAAACGGAAGGAUGAGCAGCACCAGUACAUCGAUCGCUGAUUCCACCGAUACAGGAGUAAGCGACUUGAUUGAAGCUGGAUACAGUAAUAUUAAAUUAUCGAAUGAGUCACAGUCUCUAACUUGCAUGUCCUCCGUGCGUAAUUUUGGAAAUGCCGACAGACUGAUCCUGGGUCUAAAUUCUAGCGGCGACGGCGCAGUUUUCAAAGACUGUAACGUACUCGAUGGUUCACUUGUUGCAAAACAUUUUUAUGAUCGUAGCAAUGAAUAUCUGAAGUGUGACACUGUGCCGUGGGAAGAUUUUGUAAAUGUUCAGGGGACGGAUUUGGCCACAUCCGAAAGUUUGCCUGGCGCAAGUUUAAGCCUCUCCUCGACACCUGUUGCGUGUAAGUUCAUCAAAGAUGAAAAUGAGCCUUCUGUGAUUAUGGACAUCCCCUGUCCCAACUUUGAUCCAACAUCGGAGAUACCUGCUCUUGACACCUGCUGUGACACCGACAAGAAGCAGCAGCUGGGAUGUAGUGACGGGGAGUCGCCAUGUUUCACGCCGGCUACGGCGGGUCCUCGACCGGGGUUGGGGGGAUCUCCAAACUUUCUGAUCGACCUGAACCAACCGGAGCAGCUACCGGCGUUGAGCCAGGUGAGGACUGACUCCAUGUGUGGUUUGUCCGGGAAGGCUGUCAUCAACUUUGAUGCCAAUAGGCACACAGCCCCGCAACUGACGAUGUACAAGAACGAGGUCUCCCGUUGGCAGAUGCAGAUGUCUCCGGCUGAGCCUCAGUACUGGUCUGCAGGGCUGUCCGAGGACCCGUUCCCACACAGCGGCUAUGAUGGGAUCCAGAACCAGAGCCUGUCUCAGAGGAACCCAUCACCUUUCUCCGCAUUCCCCGGUAUGCCACCUCAGAGAAUGUGUGUGAUCUGUGGUGACGAGGCAUCUGGUUGCCACUAUGGAGUCUUAACCUGUGGGAGCUGCAAAGUCUUUUUUAAAAGAGCAGUUGAAGGCCAUCAUAGCUAUCUCUGUGCUGGGCGAAAUGACUGCAUUGUGGACAAAAUCCGGAGGAAAAAUUGCCCGGCGUGUCGCCUCCGAAAGUGCUAUCAGGCGGGAAUGAUGCUCGGAGGCAGGAAGCUGAAGCGUUUUGGGGCCUUAAAAGCCUUGGGUUUGGCCCCGUCCCUGAUGUUCCAGUCUCACAUGGCCAUGUCCAGUGACAAUCAGGCCUUGACCUCCAUGUCUUGCAUACCAGGCAUCCGUGAGGUGCAACUCUCCCAGCAGAUCAUCUGUAUCCUGGAAAACAUCGAACCAGAGGUCGUUUACUCGGGUUUUGACAACACCCAGCCUGAUGUUGCCCAUCUUCUGCUGAACAGUCUCAACAGGCUGUGUGAAAAACAGCUGCUGUGGAUCGUUAAGUGGUCCAAGUCUCUGCCAGGGUUUCGUAAUCUUCACAUCACAGACCAGAUGACCCUCAUCCAGUACUCAUGGAUGAACCUGAUGGUGUUCGCUCUCGGGUGGCGCUCCUUUCAGAAUGUCACCAGUGAAUAUUUAUAUUUCGCACCUGAUCUGGUUCUUAGUCAGGAACAAAUGAGGAGAUCUCCAAUUUAUGACCUCUGCCUGGCAAUACAGUUCAUCCCUCAGGAAUUUUCCAAUCUGCAGGUCACCCGCGAGGAGUUUCUCUGCAUGAAGGCCAUAAUAUUACUCAACACAGUGCCUCUUGAGGGACUGAAAAGUCAGGGAGUAUUUGAAGAGAUGAGACAAAACUACAUUCGGGAGCUGACCAAGGCAAUCCACAUUAAGGAGAAGGGCUUGGUGGCCUGCUCACAGCGAUUCUACCACCUCACCAAACUGAUGGACGCCAUGCAUGAUAUAGUGAAGAAGGUCAAUCUGUUCUGUCUGAGCACCUUCCUCCAAGCAGAUGCCAUGAAAGUGGAGUUUCCAGAGAUGAUGUCAGAGGUUAUUGCCUCUCAGCUUCCCAAGGUCCUGGCAGGCAUGGUGAGGCCUCUCUUAUUUCACACCAAGUGAGGAUGUCAGCACAGACAUCACAACUCUGGAGAGACAUCUUGUUACUGGAUUACUGACCCUUCAAUUACUGGAUUUUUCAUAACCUUCGCUUUGGUAGUCAGGCAUCUAUACUUUGCCAAAUUGCAUCUAAUGGUCUUUAGCUCUUUUACUUCAUGAGGUGAAGCAGAAUGAACAUGUUCCUUAAAAUAUAUGUUUUUUAGUACACAAAUAUCUUACAUAUAAUGAAUUCAUGAAUUCAGAGGCAUCAGUCAAUAAAGCUUCUCUGUAUGAUUCAGGUGUAUCCAGCCUUUUCCCAUUGUACCUGCCAACUUGUGUACAGAUGGUAUUUACUAGCUGAUAUACAGUAGGUAUUAAUAACCACUAGAUAUAUUGAUAUUUUUGUACUGAAGCUGCAAAAAUUUUUUACUUUCAACAUUUCUCACCAACAUUUUAUUGUUAAUAAAGGAGAAAUGCAGGAGAAACUGAAACCUGGCACUUAAACUAAUGAAAUUAUUUUAGGGUUAAUAGCAGACUGACUCACUGCACCUACUUCAGGGAGAAGAAACUGGGAAGAUAAUUAUUUUAAAAUAUUUGUGGAAAAAAUAAAUGACUUACUGUAACUCACAUCUCCGCCAAGGCUGCUCAAUUCCCUGAAUGUUAUUCUCAUAAUGAUUUAAAAAUGUUUUAAUCUGCAUCCGGAUCUGCAUCACAAUACACACAGGGCUUCUCUGGCGUUAAUGGGAUGCAUGUGACAGAUUUAAUUCAAGUGAGUGAAAUUUCUGGAUCAGCAUGCAGAGCUGUAAAAACAAACAAAGAAAUAAUCCCUGGCAGAGGUCAUAAAAACAUUUUCAUGUAGCUAUGGAUAUGAAGGAACGUAAGUGAAAUAUAUUAUCUGUCAGUCUAAUCAUAUUUUUUCACAGAAAAAUACAACCAUGUCUAAAAGUAGGGACACAAAGAGACAAUUGUAUUUUACCCUCUAACAGUUCAUACAGUUAACAGUAUACUGUAGAGUUUCUCGCCACAGUGAACACAAGUUAAAGUCACUAACCAUGACAAAGAAUUUGGAACACAGGUCUAAUAAAUCACGCUGUUUAUUUAUAGACAUGUUUUUGCACUGUCAAGACACAGUAGAUGAUUGCAAGGAAACAAGCUUGCCAUAUAAAAAAAGGGAUGCCAGAAGUUACAUAUAAAGGAUAUGGAUAUCAAUUCCGUGAUAUGCCCCUGCAAAUUCAGACUGCAAGGGAGUAUUUUUCCAGCAUCAAUGUUCAAGGCCACCCCGCAUUCUUAAAUAUGAAAAUGGAAAAGAACAUCCUGAUCUUGGCAAGUGCAAGAUCUCCAAUACCUUUCAAAAUACAUUUUCGGCCACCAGACAAAUCCUUACUUUGGAGUAACCUUUCAAUUUGUAAUAAUUUUAGGAGGUUUGUUGGUGAUUUUCUUUCUUGUAUUUUCUUUCUUUUUCUGGAAAAGUAUCACCGAAGUUAACAUUUUAGAUACUUAUGGACUUUGUACUUUUGAAAUGUUGUGACAGUAACAGAAAAUUAAAUAUUAAAUGGCAUCUAUAACAUAAUAUAAUCUGACACAUGUCUAGUUGUCAUUACUAGUACACCAGUGUACCAGUUAGUACAGUAUCACAACAGGCAUUAAAGGCUAAGGCUCCACCUCAUGAACAUAGCAUUCAUGACAUCAUAAAAAACAAAUUUUUACAUAUGUUUGAAGUGAUAAUUUAUAUUAAUAAACAGUUAUAAGAAGUAAAUAUUUUUGAUUAGCAACAACAGAAGAACUCAUGAGCAUUAAUGUACAGUACAGUACCGUGUAGCUAACCAGAAAGUGCACUGUCGCAGUGAGCAGGUUCAGUGGCUGAACAAUGAUCACAGGCCAUAAACAUGAAAGUUAAGGUGCAAAUCCAUUAUGCUUUUUCUAUUAGAUUCUAAUAGAUUAGACUAGUAUCCUUAUUUUAAAUCACAGUUAAUAAAAAAUGUUUAAGUUUAUGAAACUACAGAUUUUCAUUAGCAAUUUGAUGAAAGUGUUAUGUUGAUAUAAUGGCAUGUUGAAAGAUAAUAUAUUUCUGAAAAUAAAUCUUGUGAAAUGGGA